AUGCCACGUAACGACGGUUACAAGAUUGAUGACUUGGGCGACGGCAUUUUCACUGCAUCUUUCAGUGAAGGUGGUCUCGUUAAUGUCACUCGAAUCGACGACAUCAAAGUUUCUGUCGUCACCAAAUUCCUGCCUCGAAUUGGGCCAACCCGCCGAGACAUGCCAAUCACGAGGUUUGGCUGCUACCGUGAAUCCGUAAACCAAGGCGACUGGGAGAAUGUCAGAACCAACUUCAAGAACUUUUGCGACGGCGGAGCUGUCAUUCCUGGCGGCGGUCUUCAGUAUGCCGUAAGUGGCAAGCAAGUCGCGUUUGCAUGCUCGUGGGGAGGAAACAACCCAUGUAGUGGUGGCGAGUUCGACGAAUUCCUUGAUUACAUCAAUAAAAAUUGCGGGGGCUGGUAUGGAGGCUGGGUGGACAAGGACAGUUGGGCGAAGCAAUAUGGUAUGCAGCAGAAGGGCGAAGCGAUUUGCGGCAAGGCUGAUCGCGUUCAAUGGCCAAAGCUGUAA